AGUUACCUGGCACCUGCUAGCUUAAUUAGGCUACCUCGGUGGGUUUUUCACCGUAAACUGUAGACCUACUACUUUGCCACACUGAAAGGCAAAAGGCAUUUUAAUUUACAAUGCUGACAAUGUAAGAGCUGUUUUAGAAGCUACACAUCAAAUUUGAUGAACAGUUUUUGACUUAUCAGUAAAGGCAUAGGAUAUUAAUUGGUAGGGUAGAAGAUGACAUGAGAAACGUCAAGAAAAUUAUAUUUGGAGAAACCUUAAAAAAACAACUCUGUUUAGACCCAAAGACCAUUGCCAAGGAUUUCUGCAGUGGUUACCUAUUUGGGGAGGUUCUGCAUAAAUAUCAGUUGCAGAAUGAUUUCAAUAUGUUUAUGAAGAAAGAUACCUCCAUCUCCAGACUGAAUAAUUUUACCCGCGUUGAGCCUACUCUCCAGUUACUGGGGAUCUCCUUCGACAUAAACACAGCCCAGGACAUAAUGCAGGAGAAGCAGGAUGUUGCCACACGCCUUCUUUACCAACUCUACAUCUCACUUGAAAAGAAGAACAAAGCAGAAAUCAGCAGCACAUUGAUGGAAAUCAUACAGCCUGCAGCUAAUGCUUGCUUGCACAAAAAGGAGCAUGCGAUCUACUCUGACCGCCUGCAUCAGGUGGUGAAACGUGAUGCAGAGCUAAAACUACAGAUCAUUUCGCAGCACAAUGAGGAAAAAUGGCAGCAACAGGACGACAGGUUUGUGACAACGCAUCCCAUCCAGCAAAAGAGACAACUCAGAGUCCAGGAUGAGAAGAGAAUUAAGGAUAUUGAGAAGGUGCCCAAGCCACCUCCCUACACUUCACAGCUCAACCUCAAGAGAAGACAACAGCAGCAGCAACGCAGAGAACAACAAGUGCAGACAGUCCAAAAUGAUAUAGCCCAGUUUGAGACAAGGAAGAAACAGAUUACUUAUGGUUUUGCUUCCUCUUCAAGUGGACAGCCGUUCCCUGGAGAUGUUCUUCUUGGUAGCAGCAACCAGCGCUGUGAGGUCCCUGGAAGUGGAACUAAGCUGACAUUGCAAUCCAAUAGCAAGUAUAUACAAAAUAUCCGACAAAGGCUGCAGGAGAGUGCUGUAGCUCGUGAGCAGAGAGAGAAAAGACGAGACAGAUUCCUGGUGGAGCAGCUCAAGGCCCAUGAAGCUCAAGAGGAGGCACGGCGAGAGGAGCAGCUGGUGAAGCGUCUGACACGUCAGACUCAGCAGGAGCAGCGUUUGGCAGCUCAGCUCCUCCAGAUACGCAUGCAGAAGGAUGUGAUCCGGGAUAACCGCCUGUUCAGAGAGCAGCAGUACCAGCAACGGAGAGAGAGGGACUUCCAGGAAGCUCUGGAAAGGGAGGCGGCUUUGGCUCAGCAGGUUAAAUUGGACUGUGCCGAAGAGAUCAGAAAGGAGCUUGAAUUCUGUAACAGGAUUGCUGCUGAGCGAUCUCAGAGCAGAUACAAGAAGCACUUUAAGAGCUGCAAGGACAUUGGGGAGCAGAUAGUGGACUUGGCCACCAAGGUUGGAGAAUAUCGACUGCUCACUGAGAAUCUGAUUCCACAGAAGCUGAUGAGAGAGUGGAAAGAAUUGCUGUUCAGUGGUCUGCCUCUCUAUGAGCCGAUAAAGUGCCAGCAGCCAGGGUUUGAGUUCUCUACCCCACGAGACCCUGUAGAGCUUAAGAAGCAGGAGAUACUCAAAAACCAGGACUAUGAUGAAUACACUAACAUGGUAGGUGAGUGGGCAUGGCCAGAGGAAGCAGGGGAGACCAAAUUACCCCUGACCAACAACAACAUUCUUGGACACGUUGUCCUACGACUGAGGAACAUUGUUCAUCAAUCCAAUGUGAAACCCUUCUCACCGUCAUUUCCUCACUUCACCCUCAAGGCCUGUGUCCUUGGCAAGUUUUGCUCCGGCAAGACCACCUGCCUGGCCAAGUUUGCUGAAGCCCAUGGCAUCUAUGUCUUAUCAGCUGACACGCUGAUUAAGGAGGCGCUGAAUGCUUACCGGAAGGGAGAGGAGGUCACAGAGAAGCAGGAAGAGAAAGACAAUAAACAACUGCAUACAUCCUCUCCAUCACUGGAGCCUGAUCUUAAAACUCAAGAGGAAAGAAGAGGCAGCAACAUCAGACUGUCUAACCGGGCCAUGCAGGGAGCAGCUGCAGAAGAAGAGUUGAGGAAAGGCAACGCCAUCCCUAAUGGGCUGUUAGUGGACAUCAUAGUAGAGGCUAUUAAGCAGGUUCCAGCUCAGUCAGGUUGGAUCCUGGAUGGCUUUCCAUUGGAUGUUACUCAGGCCUACCUGCUAGAGAAAGCCUUGGGUGGGUCUGUAGAUGUAGAGAAUUGCGUUGUAAGCAGUAGGACGAACCUUGCUGCUGAUCCUAACCCUCCCAAACCUCCAACGCCCCCAACUCCUGUACUGGACCUGGCUCUGCUGCUGGAUAUCCCUGAUGAGUGUGUGAUCAGACGUCCAUUCAGUCAGAUGGAUACAGAUAGUGAUGAUGCUAAAACCGCCCAUCCCACAGACAAGAACUUGUAUCUGGCACAAAUUCCACACAGAAUUACAGCUUUUCAAGACACCUGGCCAAAACUAGAUAAAUGGUUUGGUGGAAAGCAAAACAUUUUGGUCCGUAUUGAUGCCGAUGUAGACGAGGAGGAGCUUUACAAUAGGAUGGCGUCUGUCCUGCGGCACGUUAUGAUGCAAACAAAGGAAGCUACACCUAUAGACCAACCUCAGGGCAUCACAGACAAAGCCCUCGGCCCCACAAAGUCCUGUUCUAAACUGAAUGAGAAAAAAGCCAAAAGUGUGAAGUCACUUUCCAAAUCCAACACACAAUCCCUCAGAGGGCACCCUCGGAAGGCGUCAAUGUCCUCAGUGACCAAUGAGCACUCUCGGGGAGUCCCCAAGAACCCACCUGCUCCUUCCUGCCCAGGUUCUUCCAGCUGGGUCUAUGUGGAUGAACCCCUUCCUCCAAAAAUCCCAGAGUACCUGUGCCCCCAUUGGGACUCAGUUUGUGAUUCUUAUGUGAACAACGUAAAGACAGUGAUGCAACAGCUGCGCUCACAACGCGACGUUAUUAACCAUCACCUGUUCAACAUCAGAGAGGAGUACAAGCAUUACCUGGGGCGUCCAGACUUAAAGCAGGAGUUAGUGUCUCAUUGGCAGAAGGACUUCAACAGCAUACCUGAUGAUAUGAGAGAAGACGAGGAUACCCAAGCAGAGCUACAUCUGAGACUGGAUGAACUGCGUGAACGUUUGUGGGACAUUAGUGACAAGCGUAAGGAGGAGGACGACCAGGAAAGGGCUGCUCUCAUGGGGGACGGCUGGUUGGAGGAACACACAGCCGUCCUCGUCAACCACCACUCUGUACUCAUGCAGGUCGAGUUGGACCGUUUCCAGGACACACUCUGUAUUCUCAGGGUUUACUAUUUGAGCAUGUACAGACAGGUGUUGCCUGAGCUACCCUCCAAUUUGGUUUGUAUCCCCCUUCUGGACACCCCAGAAAUGAAGGAUCAGGACGAGAGUACUAAGCCAGCGGGCACAAGUGUGCCUAGUCAGAUGGAUGACGGAGAAGACGAGAGGAGGAUUAAACUACAUCCUGACUCCAAGGCGAAAAUCCAGGAUGAAACAGAACCUGUCAAGCCACCCUAUGAGAAACUGAUCUCCGACUAUGAGGAGGCACUCACAGCCAUCAGCAAAUUGGUGUCAGCAGAAGCCCACCAGGGGGAGAUGAAAGAGCAGAAGGAGAGACCACAAGAGAAAGAGAGGGCGGAGCCCUCAGCAAGUGCAAACAAAAAGGAAAAAAUAAAUCUUUCAUCAGAAAAACCGAAAGGUCCACCAUCCCCACCUCCGGCACCCAGCCCUGCUCCAGCUGAGACUCAUGAUCAAGAACUCAAACAAAAAAUACAUAAAGAAUAUGCAGCCUCACUGGAUCACGAGGAGAAUGCAGCAAAGGUGCGCAUUGUGCUGCUGAAAGGUCAUGGUCUGGUGAUGGUGCGCUUUCUGCAAAGCAGAGCAGAACAGACAUUAAGUAACAUGGAGAAGUGGUUAGCAGAACACUAUCUUGAAGAAAUGGAGAGUAUUGACAAACUAUCAGAAGUUGUCCGCCACCACAUAGAGGCUGGUGCUAAGUUGCAGAAUGGGCUGGUGUUGGAAUACACUAACUUCUACCUGAAUGGAGACAGCCACAUGGUGGCUAGCCCGGCUCCCCGUCCCCCUGCUCUGGAGAAACCCACACGGUCCACCCCGACCGUCACUCAGCUAGAGUCACUUCAACAACAGCUCUGCUACGUUGCUCCAACAGGCCUCAUAUCCAGUUCUGAGUUCUCCAGUUUGCUCAGGGAUAUCAUAUCUGUUAACAUGGGCAGAAACACCUUUCCUGAGCCCUGGAUUAACACAAAUGAAACACAGUUGAUGAAGAUUGUAUCUCUGCUCGUAGACGUCUAUGAGCUGAUAGACUGGCGUAGGUUUCUGCUCAGUGCUGCCCUCCCUUGGCCUUUUCCUUCCUUAUCACAGCUUCUGGCCGUGCUACACCAUUUCGAGGCAGCAGAUACUGGCGGCACAGGCUAUUUAAACGAGGACCAGUACCUACAGACAGAGUUGUGGUUUUCCAGUGAUAGUGUCCAGCCCAUCCCAGAGGACCCCUCGGAGCCUCUACCUUAUGACCGUCUGGCUAACCUACGCAAGUUCUUUUUCCAGUUGUUUGCGGAGCACUCUUUCUCUCCGCCUCGAUUGGACUAUUUGUCCAUGCUGCAGUACUUUGCAGCCGACCCUAACCCCAGACAGGGCUUCAUCAGAGCACUCAGUGUAGUGCUGGGACAACAUAUCAAGCACUCCUCACCUGGCCAUCUUGUCAAGUCUAUGCCCAGUAUAGAAGAGGCUGCAGAGUUCAUCUCCUCAGAACCUAAUGGAGACUACAAGGAAGGAGAAACUCCGUUAGCAUCAAGCAGUUUGUUGGGGGAGCAGGAAGUGUCCAUCUCUGCUCUCCUUGCUGUAAUCUGCCACCAGAAAGCCACCAACCCCCUCCCUCCAGGCUGCCUGAGUCAGGAGGAGCACACUGAGCGACUGGAGCACAUAUUCAGACAGCUGGGUUACAUGCCUGAGGACUGUGUCCCCUUCUCCGUUCUUUCUCUGGAUCCUUUCAUCCAGGAUCUGAUGGAGAACUCACCACACUACCAGCUUGUAGACAUUCAUAGAGUGCUACUGGCCCAUCAGGAUGAAAGAGAGGCUAACAGCUCGGACGUUUUCUAAAGGAUAAGACAAAUACAUGCUGCUGUUUGCACCACAAACUUUCAUUUCCACAGAAAAUGCAAAAUAAAUUUGCUUUGGCCAUUUUGAAGUAUUCUACUUACUUUUAUGUUUGACAUGUUUGAUGAAAUAUAUUGCUUACUUCAGUAUUGAUUACAUACAUUAGCAACCAUAACUUGCGUCAGUAUGUAGAAAUGUCUGUAAUUGAUGACUGGAAUGACAAGAAUAAAAUCGAUGAUGGCA